AUGGCUCCCCUUCGUCUGCGCAUCGACGGGCGCACGUUCCGAGACAGCGCCAACCGCGAGGUGACGCUCCAUGGCAUCAACUGCGCUGCCGACGCAAAGUUCCCCGCCACGCCCGACCAGCCUUCACACGUGGCCGACAAGUUCUUCGACGGCGACAAUGUCUCCUUCGUUGACAGACCCUUCGCUGUCGAAGACGCUGCAACCCACUUUGCACGAUUACGUAGCUGGGGCUACAACACGAUACGGUACAUCUUUACCUGGGAAGCCAUAGAGCAUGCAGGACCCGGCAAGUACGAUGAAGAGUGGAUACAGCAUACAAUCGCCAUCUUGCGCAAGGCAAAGGCCUAUGGCUUCUACAUCUUCAUGGACCCCCAUCAGGACGUUUGGUCACGGUUCUCUGGAGGCUCAGGCGCGCCCAUGUGGACUCUCUACGCCUGCGGACUGGACCCGACCUUCUUCGACGUCACCGAAGCUGCCCUCGUUCAGAACGUAUACCCGGAGCCGGAGAAUUACCCCAAGAUGAUAUGGGCAACCAACUAUACAAGGCUCGCGUGCCAGGUCACCUUCACCCUCUUUUUCGCCGGCAACGAGUUCGCCCCCAAGGCCAUUAUCGACGGCAAGAACAUUCAGGAAUACCUGCAGGAUCACUACAUUGGCGCUGUCGAGCACUUUGCCAAGCGCAUCAACGAGGCCGGCGAUCUCUGGCACGACCCAAUCGUGGGCUUCGAGAGCAUGAAUGAGCCCAAUCGCGGCAUCAUCGGCUACCAGGACCUCUCCGCCAUCCCGAGUGAACAGAAGCUGCAGAAGGGGACCUCGCCCACUGCGUGGCAAGCCAUACUUACCGGAUCGGGCAAUGCUUGCGAGAUAGACACCUGGGACUUUGGCGGCUUGGGCCCCUACAAGUCUGGCAGCACAUUGGUCGACCCGCAAGGAAAGUCAGCAUGGCUUUCUUCGAGUUACGACGAUACGAAAUACGGCUGGAAACGCGACCCCGGGUGGCGUUUGGGCGAAUGCCUGUGGGCACAACAUGACAUCUGGGACCCGGCUACCAACACACUUCUAAAAAAGGACUACUUUGCCAAGGAUCCUCGAAAUGGCGCCACCAUAGACUACGAGUACUUUAGCAAUCAUUGGUUCUUGGACCACUGGCGGCGGUACAGCAAGAUGGUCAAGGCUAUAUUUCCGGAUUCUUUAAUGUUCCUACAAGCCCCUGUCCUAGAGAUCCCGCCCGCGAUCAAGGGCACCAGCGACGACGAUCCCAACAUAGUUUUCUGUCCGCAUUUCUACGACGGCAUCACGCUGUUGACUAAGAAAUGGAACCGUGUCUGGAAUGUUGAUGUUUUUGGGGUGCUAAGAGGAAAAUAUCUCACUCCGGCCUUUGCAAUAAAGAUUGGAGAGAAUGCAAUCCGAAACUGCUUUGCACAUCAAUUGGCUGCAAUACGAGAGGAGGGAGCUGACAAGAUGGGCAUCCAUCCUUGCUUAUUUUCCGAAAUUGGCAUACCCUACGACAUGGACGACAAAUUCGCAUAUAAAACAGGCAACUAUAGCAGCCAGAUCGCAGCCCUGGAUGCCAACCAUUUUGCGCUGGAACAAAGUCUCGCCAAUGGCUUUGCGUUGUGGACUUAUACUGUCAAUAACAAUCACUUUUGGGGCGAUCAGUGGAAUGGUGAGGAUUUGUCCAUCUACUCGGUGGACGACAAACCCGUGCCAAACGCAGGCUCAUUCCCAGAAGCGCAGUCUCGCGCAUCUCUCGAUGUCAACUCACCCUCGUACUCAAGAGCGCAAUCGGCGGAGACGCUAAGCGUGGAUCCUGCUAAUCUCAGGAAAUCGCUGACUGUGGACCGCAUGAGCUCAAAAUCCGACAAUGGCGACGUGAGGGGCCUUCGGGCGGCCGAGGCUUUCAUUCGCCCAACACCAAUCGCCACGCACGGUGAUGUUACAGCAUAUGGCUUCGAUCUGAAGAACGCAACAUUCAAGUUGUCGCUGUCAGCACCGAGCUCCACGCCAGAUGAUGCGCCAACCGUUGUGUACCUCCCUGAAUUCCACUACCCCAGCCAGACUGUCGAGAUAAGCGGGGGCAAGUGGAGCAUCGCCACUGAAGAACACAACGGUGCAGUGCAGCAGAUACUCAAGUGGUGGCACGCGGAGGGCGACCAGACAAUGAGCGUCAAAGGCGUGGUGCGCAAACAGGGAGGUCCACUCUCGACGGAAGAAGACGAGGGCUACCUCAAGCAGUGUCAGAAGCAGGCUUGUGUUGUUAUGUAG